CUAAGGCAACGAUUUGGCGUCCACGGCUAGAUUCCCUGACACCUUAGUUCGCGGAUAACUUGGAGGCGGUUUGAAGGGACUUUUGCCUCGGCUUCGCUGGUUCGCCACUGUACUUGGGUGGCGGGGGCUGAUGCUGUCCCUCCAAUAUCCCGGUCCGCCUGUCUCCUGCCUUGGGGGCUCCUCCUGAAUUCAGUGGAACGGACUUUGGGGUGGGGAAUAGGCGGGCUGCGGGCUGUGCUUGUCGCCCACACGCUGUCACUUCGAGACUUUUAAAAAUAUUUUUCUCUCUCCCAGGACUGUGGUGAUAACUGGGAGUGGAAACACUGAGUAACAGUUGUCACUCACCAUGCCAAAAACCAAAAGGUCUCAGUCAUUGCCUUUACCCCAGUCCACAACAUCUAAGGGGAAAGAAGAUAAGACCAAGAAGGCUGCCAGCGAAAUGAUAAUAGUACCUAAAGAGGAUGAGGAAUCCAGUGCAUUAGUUCCCUCAGUUCAAAAGGAGAUCCCAUGUGAUUUCAUCCCAGAGGAAAUUAUUCUGUCUCUGACUAGCACAGCCUAUGCUGGCAGUUGUCCUGAACACUUACUACCUAAGAAAGGCAAAAGUACCAAAGAUUUGAAGCCUAUCUUGCGUUCCACGAACAAUGUCUGGCAUCACCCAGUCCGAAGGAACAAAUUCCAACACCUGACAGAUUUCCCCAUCUUCUUCAAGGGAGCUGGAAGAGAUAUUUCUUUUUUGUAUGACAUUAAAGCUGAAAAAAUAGAGCGUUCAUGGCUUCCAAAGAUUUCUGACCUUCUUAAGCAGACUCCAACACCAUACACGGGUUUGACUCCAGUCAAGAAAUCAAAGAAGUUAACAGAUACUUUGAUCCCUGAAGAAUUUCAUGUUGUAUCCAGCACAGGAGUUGAAGGCUUACAAUUUUAUGAUGAUAAAUAUACAACCCUGUUGACUGACAGUCAGAAUAGACUGUUACUUUUCCCAUCCAUGAAACCAAAUAAGAGAGUUGAGGUGGCACAGCUGAAGAGUGUGAUGGAUGCCAUGCUAGAGAAGGCUGGUGUAGAUGAUGAUAUAUCAGUACAUUCAACCAAGAUGCACAAACUUCUUGAAAAGCUGAAGACUGAACAGAACAUUUACAAUACAGUAUUUCAUGAAAUUAUUCGACAAAUAAGUGUGGACUGUGCAGACAGAGGAGAACUCUUGUCUAAUAUAAGACAGAGGUAUGUGAAAUUGCUUGACCAAAUAGCUCGUCAGAUGAUUGAUUUUUACAAAGACAUGGUGGCCCAACGGAUAAUGGACAAACGCAUCAUUGAAGAAUUGUUUAACUUCAAGAAUGUUGUUGAAGAGCUGAGCAGAGAGCUAUUUCUAGUUCGGGAAUAUGAUAUAAAAUUGAAGAAAAAAUCAGAGAAAAUCCAUGAAGAACUGAUGCUGGCACUUUGCAAUGCAGAAAAGAAUGCUAGAAUUGUGGAAGAAUAUCAUGACUUAUAUUCAUCACAAAGAGCAAGGAUGGAAUCUGAUAUUAAGCAGUUAACAACAGAAAGAGAUAUCUGGUGUGCAGCCACCUAUGAAUUGGCCCUAAAGGUGAUCGAAAAAAACAACCUCAUACUGGCCAAAAAACUUUAUCUUAAUGAAAAGGCUUGGAAUAAUUAUGUCACACACUUCAUUGUAAUGCUGGCAUCCCAGGAUUCAAUAGACCUUGCACAAAUGCAGAAAGCAACACAGCAAUGGAGAAGUAUUUUUAGACACUUCAAAUUUGAGAUGGAGCAUCAUGAAGAGAAUGUCAGGCAAAGGAUUGAUACUGUGAAGCGCAGCCUCCAAAAGAUGCAGAAUUUCCUUGAGAAAAAUAAUGUACAGAGUAAUAUAUCUCCCAUCAAGAUGUCUGCCAAGAAGUCAAUGUGUGCAGAGCUCAAGAAAUGUAACCAAAUGUUGUCUGAUGAUGCUGACAGUUUUGGUGGAGAUAAACUUGUUGAAAAGGUAGAGACCCUCAAGAUUGCUUUUCGCCUACAGACAAGUUGGACAGAGCUGGGGAAGGCAAUAAUACAUCGUCAUAGAAAUAUAGAUGGGGAGACUCCCGCAGAACAGGGCCUCAUGGAAGAGAUUAGUAGGAAUGGCAAAAGACUGUGCAGAGAAUAUGAAGCAAGAGUGAAUGGAGCAGAAAAUGGUUUUAACAGGCUAUUUAUAAGCAUUAAUUCUUUUUUUGAACUGUGGGUAUACAAGAUGGAAAGCGUCCAUCCAGUUACUUCAAUGACUUCUGGGGACUGGAAGGUAUUUUAUGGAAAAAUUCCUGAAUUGCUUAGUCUUCUGGAUAAAUUGAGAGGCGUUCUCGGUGUUGUCCCAGUGUCAGAGGAACAGAUAAAACGAAACUAUGUCCCGGUAGUUCAAAUUAAUCUGUUUAAUUUGAUUCAACAAUGGAUUUUGACUCUAUCCACUGGGACUGACAAGGAUAAUAUUGAGCUUCAUAAACAACUGAAUGAAAUCCAUAUAACUAUGAUUAAGUGGUUGGUAGAUUUGAUCAUUAUAAUGGUACCUGACCAUGUUAGUGAACACACCAUCCCAAAGACUGAAAUGGAUAUCACUGAGGAUGAACUUGUUCAUAAUAAAGGCAUUGCUACACUGGAGCUAGAGGGCAUAAUGCUGGCCAAAACGUUGAGCCGGUUCUCCAUCUAUAUAUUCAGCUGUUGCAAAAGUUUGGUGGCAUCAGUGGCCAUGAAGAAAGAGGUUGCUUUAGAUCCACAAGCUAAUAAGGAUAUUGAGGAGCUGGUGAAGAUUAAGAGAGAAUGCAUCGAAUGGGUUGCUACAUGUAAUCUCCUCCUUUCUGAGUUAAAAGGAAGAGAUGUCUCUUUGUUAACACCUGAAGAUACAAGAAGCCUUUAUGAUUAUGAGCUAAUUGUGGAUGGCAAGACCUAUAAUGUGACUGGAUGGGAGGAGACGUUGGGCGAAAUGGCACAGAAAAAGUUUGAAGAGAUUUUUGAAAUAGGACAGACUAAAGAAACAAAAAAAGAAGAAAAGAAGCUGACUCCAAAAAUACCUCUUGUCCGAUUUCUUGGAAUAGAUAAAAACGUCCGCACUAAACCUCUGGUAGUAGAAAGAGUGUUACCUACAGGGGAAGAAGUGAUCGCUCUUGCUAAAUUUAACAACUGUGAAAAGGAGAGAUAUGAAUCGCUGGGGUUGGUUGAACAUUUGCAAACGAAACUCCUGGAUACAGAAGUUCGAGUCCAGCUCGCAGAAGAGAAAUAUGAAGAAAUAAAUGAGAAGCUGACUAUCGAACGUCUGAAAAACCAAGAACUAGAGAAAGAGCUGGAUAAAAUCCGAACACUCUUAACUGAGAGUAGAAUCAUAGAAGAUGAGGAAGGGGAGGAGGAAGAGCCUAGAAAACCAGGCCCCUCAGAAAAGAGAGGAUCGAAGGGAAGUUCAUCGAGUAAAGAAAAAACCUCAGACUCAUGAAGCAGACAGUACAAGUGUUGGGACCCCCAUUUUACAGAUGAAGAAACUGAGGCUAGGAGAUGUCAACCAAAUUGCCUACUGUCACAGAGUUAAUAAAUAGCUGGCUAAGAUAGGAAUGAAAUCCAAGUUUCAAUGAAUACAGAAGCAUAGAAAUAUUUAGAUGAAUUUAUGCAAAGCAAAGUAAGCAGACUCCACCGGGGGAUUUAUACACAGUUUCUAACUUGAACUGAGAGAACAAAAACUGUAAAACAAAUGGAAACAAAUAUUGCAAGUUACAAAGAACAAGUUUGGCCCAAAGAGAUAGGCAUCUGUAUUUCCUUCCAAUGUUCCAAUGGAACAUUGCAUAUUAUGCCUCCCCACCCCCACCCCCCAGCUCCUUUUUUUUUUUUUUUGGUGUUUUGAUCGAUUUUCCAUAGUUUUUUCUCGUCUGUUUUGUCUUUCUCUUUAAAAAAAAAAUCAUCAUAAGGGAUAGUGUUCUGGGAAGAGAGACAAGGAGAAAUGUAGUUGGUUUGAAAACAAAAGUUAGUAAUAAAAUUUGUUUUUAAAACUGAAGUCGCCUGUCUGACCCCAUCACACAGUAUACUUCAAUAUCUUUGGUGAUGACACCUGUGAGGAAUUACUAUAACUGAAGUUACCAAAUGAUUCCUUUACCUGACGCACAAUCCUGAUGCCUCCCUGUGAUGGGCAGUGGUCUAGACUUUUCCAAGAUUUUGCCAGCAAAGAAAUUCUACCAACUAGAUCCUCCCCACCUGGAAGGGUCCAGAAAUGAACUGUCAUCCCAAACCAAUCUAGUUAAGCUCAGAAAGGCUCUUCACCAGAAGCCUGAUCACCAGGUAAGAGAUAUGUGUGUAGAUGUAUAUGAGGAUAUUCCUACACAAAUAUAUGCAUGUGUGUAUUUGGUUCCAGCAAUUCAGAAACCUCUCCCUAAGAGCUGAAGUGGUUGUGAUGGAUGGGUCAGGGAAGGAGAAACCACAUCAAUGAAAACAAAGGCCAGUAUCCAGCUUAAAAAAAGCUGGGGGUAUCCCCAUCUUGGGGAUGGGAUACAAAGACAAGAGCAAAAAUAGUCCCUGUGACCAAGGGGCUUAUACUCCUCUAGGAGGAAAUGAGCCAUGUUUCAUUGGUGUGGAUCCUUAGCAAUUUGAGUCCUCUCAUGGGGAGGAUGGGGAUCAGGAAGAACUUUAAAUGGGGCAUCUUCGCUUGGCUUCAAGAGUAGAGCAGUAGCUUAAUAACAGGAAAUGGAGGAGCAAACUUCAAGCUUACAAAGAGGCAUAUAUACAAGGGAAGAAGUAAGAACAGUGGAAUAAGUUCAGUUAAACAGUGAAAAAUUCUAGUUUUUUUUUAAACUGCAUGCAUGUGUAUGUGUCAUAUUAAAGUUUGUGAAACCCUUUAUAUUGAAACAAUAUUUACAAUGAAAACAUGAAUAAUUUCUCAUUUGAGGUUCACAGCAAUUUUAUCAAUUAGGCCCUAUGGUACUAUUAUCCUUGUUUUACAGAUGAAGAAACUGAGGCAAAGAGAAAUUCAGUGACACUCCCAUUGUCACCUAGGCAGUAAAUGUCAGAGGUAGAAUUUGAACUUGGACUUUGCUGAAUCUAAGUACAGCACUCUAUGGUACACUUCUCUUUGGCAAUAGUAUGUAGGAUAGAUUGGAGACUUGAUGAACCAGUUGAUGAAACUGUUUAAAUAGUCCAGAUGAUGGGGGAUGAAAGCCUAAACCAGAGUAUUGGCAGUGUGAAUGAGGAGGAAGAGAAAGAUAUGAGAUGCUAGGGAGCUUGAAGAGAUUGAGCAGAUGAAUGGAAGGAAGGGUGAAAGGAGAGGAAGGAGUCAAAGGUGAUUCCAAGGUGUCCAGUAGACCAUCCACAAAAGUAAAGAAGUUUGGAGCAGAGAGAUAUUUUAGAGGGAAGUUAAUGAUUUUUGUUUCACAUAUAUAAUGUUUGAGAGGCUCACAAGACAUUCAGAGGGAGACAUAACUGGGAAUACAGAGUGGAGGUCAGGGUUGAAGAUCACAUUAGGAGGCUAAUGCAAAGUCAAAGGAAAGAGUAGGGAGAAAGAAGAAGAUAAGGUAACGGGAGAGAGUCUUAGUGGACAGUGAGGGUAAGGAGCAGAUCAAGAGGUAAGAUACCCAGAGAACAGUGUCAUGGAAACCAAGGUAGGAGACAUGAAAAAAGAGUAGGUUAAAGGGAUGCCACCCCUGGGGAAUGGCUAAACAAGUUGUGGCAUAUAAUUGUGAUGGAAUACUAUGUCAUAAGAAAUGAUGAGCAAGUUAAAUUUUUUUUAAAUGGAUGAAAUUGUGAAGAGUGAAACCACUGUAUACAGCAACAGCAAUAUUGUUUGAAGAAUAAUCAUGAAUGUCCACAUCCAGAGCAAGAAUUGACAAAUAGAAGUAUGCAUGGCAUGGUUUUGUUUGACAUAUAUAUAUGUACUUAUAUAUGUAAGGCAAAUGAUGCCUUCUCUAGUACCAGGUAGAGAAGGAAGGUAUGAGGAGGAAGGGAAGAGACCUUUAACAUAACAAAAAAAUACAUGAAUGAACAGAAAAGGAAGAGUAGGGGGAGACACAAUUAAGUAUAGUAGACUGAGAUACAGCCAGGAAGAUCUGUGCUCAAAUUCCAACUGCCAUAUACUUGUCAUAUACAUUAGUGUGACCCGGAGAAACUCUUUGAGUCCAAGAAUCAUAGAAUAGUUUACUCAAAAUUGAUGGAGUUUGCUUACCUAGAGAUCCCUACAUCAGUAAAUUAAUAGAUCUUUCCUAGACCAGAAAUAAGGAAGGAGGAAGAAUAUGGUGAAUAGUGUCAAGUACUAUAGAAAGAUUAUAGAGGAUGAGGACUGAGAAGAGAUCACUGGAUUUGACAACAAGAGUGUUAACAUUAUUGGUAUUAAAUUCUGUUUUUCUUUUUGGUUUGUUUCCUACCUACAUUUCCGUUCUCUCCACUUUGAUUCCCCAGCGGCAUGUGAUUGCAUCCAAAGCCACCUGUGGAGAGCAGAAUUUAAGGUCAAUAAAUACUUCUUUAUUGAAGGUACCAUAGAGGAUCAGAAUUUCAGACAUAAAAGGGACCCACUGAAGCCAGCUAAUCCACUAGUGUACUAAAUGCCCUUUUGGAUAUUCCAGGAAAACAAAUAUUUCCAUCAAAAAGAAAUUGGAGGGAGCAUCUAGUUGGCUCAAUGGAUUGAAUGCCAGGCCAAGAAGGUCCUGGGUUCAAAUCUGAUCUCAGAUAGUCCUAGCUGUGAGACCCUUGGGCAAGUCACUUCACCCCCAUUGCCUAGCCCUUAACACUCUUCUGCCUCAGAACUAAAACACAGUAUUGAUUCUAAGAUAGGAAAAUAAGGGUUUAAAAAUAAAAGAAAGAAAGGAAAUUGGAAAUCAGUCAUAUAAGAAGAUAGGAAAAUAGAAUGCUUAUUUGUUGAUUCAAUAUUAUCAUUUACUUGAUUGUGUUUCCAGAGAAAAUGAACCUUUUCCCCCUCAAAGAGGACCUAGAAAGAUUUCAUUUUUAUCAGUCAUUUCUAUCUCUUUCUCAUGUGGUUAUUCCUAUAAUUUUUUAUUAUGGAUGGGAUUGUUUGUUGGAUGGUCUUAGAGCUCUUGAUAUGGGCAUAGAAAUGAAUUGAGCUCCUUCUGCUUGAUAAAUCUGACACUAGUCCUAUGUACCAUGAAAAACUAAGGAGAUUUUCAUGCAUAUGGACUUAGGCCUUUUUCUGAUUACCUUUUUGCAUCUAUAUUCAUUGUCUUAUUAGCUAAGUUUUUGAAAAGAACUCCUGCUCCUAGCUCCAAGUAAGCACCACCUUUAAAAUUUUAUAAUGGCAUAAUAUAUCCAUUCAUUUUGGUUUUUUAUUCAUUCAUUUAUUUAAUAAGUAUGUAUUCAGCACCAGUUAUGUGCAGGCACUGUGGUAGAUUGAUUCCUCAGAGUCCCAUUUCCUAAUCUAUCCCCUCUUCCCUACCUUUGCUCUCCCUGCUUUCUGUGUACUCAACAAUUAAUCAUUUGUUAGCACUUUGCAAACUUAGCUUCUUUUUUAUUCCAUGUAUUUCUCAGUUCCUACAUUGUUUCACUUAUCUGUUCCUUUCUUUUUCCUCACUGUAUCUUUUUUCUACCUUCUAACACUUAUUCAUUUUCACCUUUCAUUUUCAUUUAAGUUUUGAGUCAUUCCUAAAAGUCAUGUGGCCUUGGACAAUUCAUGUUCUCUCUCUUAAAUCCCAAUUUUCUUAUUAAAAAAUAUUAGAGUUGAACUAGGUGAUAUCCAAGGUCUUUUCCAGCUUUAAAAAUUCUGAUGUCUUUAAAGUUGUUGAAUCACAGAUUUAGUGCCAGAAGGGUUCUUAGGAGAUCUUUUAAUUCAAUUAUCUUGUUUUACAGAUGAGGAAACUGAGGCCUACCAGAGUUAAGUGAUUUAGGAUCAUCACAGUAUCAUAGAUGUGGAACUGAAAGGGAUUCUACCUAGUUCAAUCCCUUGCUUUUAGAAAUGAGGAAAUGGAAGCCCAGAGAGAGUAAAUAACUUGCCUAUGGCAACAUAGAAAAUAAAUUUAACAGACUAGAGAUCUGAUCUCAGGCACGCCUCCUCUGAGCCUACUUACUCCUUUUCAAAAACAAAGCAUUUGUGGAUACAUAGGCAAAUUUGUUCCAUUUUCCAUUAUUUGAUAUCUUGCCAUUUUCAGUUCUAAAUGAGGAACAAAGGAAUAAGCAUUUUUAUAGCACCUACUAUUUUCCAGACACUGUUCUAAACACUUUUCAAAUAUUAUCACAUUUGAAUAUUCAGCUUUCUGGUUUUUUUUUGUUUGCACUGUUUGUUUUCUUUCUAUUUUAUGAGGUACCAUUGCUCACAAACUUUUUCUAUUCUUCUCUGUAAGUAUUUUACAAGUGAAGUUGUAAUUUCCAAAGGAAAACCCAUAUACACAUAGAGUAGCUACAACAAAUCACUGAUAUUGCAGUUCUUCCGGAUGUCAAAUGCGGUUUAAGCUAGAGUAUGCAAAGAAAUCAACUCCAACAAUUCCUUUUGUUUGCUCAAAGAGAAACCUGUGAGACAUCUUUCUUUUUAGCUAUAUCUUCGUUUGAUCUGUUUUUGUUUAUCAUGAGAAUAUCAAUAUUGAUGUGGUUUAGUUUUCCAGGGGCAGGUCAAGUCCCAGUCCAUUGACCUGUUAUUUAGCAUACCCACACAUGAUCUAAAAGCUGUGGGAUAAUUAAUUAAUAUGCUUGGCACCAUUUGCUACCAGGCCACCAAUGUCACUGGGGAAACAGAAGUUGCCACAUAGAACUGCAGGCCAUCUUGUAUUUUUUUGUUGUUGUUCUUUAGUUUCUUGUCAAAAUCUUUCCAUACUUAGUUCAGUUGGUCUUUUUCUGUUUUUGUUUUUUGAAUUUUGCUUUUACCAAGACUGUACUUAAAGCUUGAUAGACUCUUCCAUAGUAAGUAUAUCUUUUCCCUGUAGUUCUCUGGAGAAUUCUGAGUUACUCAUGAAAAAAUGGGACUAAAUUUAAAAGUGCAUCAGUUGUAUAUUUUUUUAAGAGAACUAGUUAAACAUUUACCAGCCCACCCAUCACUAAAUAUUCCUAAAGUCUCUUCAGAUCUAAAUGUCUUUACCAAAAACAAUAAGUUAAAAAGAACAAAAAAACUCUUCAAUAUUAAUAAUAGCUUCAAAGUAAUUGUUCUUUACAAAUUUUUUUUAAUUUCCCUUUUGAACACAUGAAUAUCUUUAGUUUUCAGGUGACCAGUUUAUGAUACGACAGUCUGAGAGCAGGAACAAUGGGGUCUAGGAAGCCUUUAUUCUCUUCUGUCCCUUUGCCUCCUCUUAAUUACUGUUAGAGAUUUGAAGGAUAGACAGAAGAGGGGUGAAGUUAGAUCAGAAUCUGACUGUUACACACAAACCUAUUCAAGAUUAGUCUGUAGCUAGUUUUUAUCACUGGCUGCUUCUCCCAACAGCCUCUCCAUCAUAGAACCAGGGCUCUCAACUAACUCUUUCCACUCACAGAUGGACAAGACACCCGCAAGAUUCUUGUCAGAGAUCCCUGUUCUUUCAGGAAUUCAAAAACAAGACCAGGCUCUCUUUGAUCAGUGGUUAUAAGGGAAACACACUCACAGUGUAGCCAUGGCUGACCAGAGGACACCAUCUGAGUAGAGCUUUUCAGGGCAGUGAGCACAGUUUAGACUAUGAUAGGUUGUUCCCUAGGGCACAACAUGUACAAGUGGCACAACAAAGACUAUUAUUUUUCAUAUCAUACCUUAAAAAAUGCCCACAUUUUUAGUGCCCCAAAUUUCUACUCUCCAUAACAAUUAGGUAAUAUAAUUAGUCUUGAAAGUGUAGCCUUCAUCCGUUGCUUGUGGGGGGCUGAAAUAGUGUCAUCUGCCCGUGGUCACAGAGUAUGUGUCAGAAGCAGCAUUUGAAUCUUUGUCUUCCCCAUUCCAAGGCCAGCUCUCUCUUCCCUAUUCCACACCACCUCUCAAUGUUUUUAUUAAAAGGGAAAAUUCAGCAAAGAAGUCUUUUCCACCCUAACGGCUAGUCGAGAAAUACCUUUGUGUCUUGG